GACAGAGUUAUCUUUUGUACGGGUAGUUAAUUGAUAUUGUAGGAGUCACUAUCAGCUUUUAUUGAAGAUAACGUAACCUGCCCUCUGGAAUGCUAGCUGAUUAUAUAUUCAUUUUAACAUUAUGCAAGUGAACAGCAAGAGGACCUGUUGGACACAUUCACCUGUGAAAACGUGAUCGGGUAGCUAAAGGUUGGUGACACUGGCGACUGGCGUGGCCCAUUCUUAUCACAAUGGCCGCUAUCUCAAUGGAGACCAAUACUCAGUCAACCGAACAAAGUCCUCUGGCACCAGGAAUACAGGCACUGCCUCCCUACCGCAUAUCCAAUGGUAUCCCGUCACAAACCAGGUCCAAGUUGUCUGUAGAUCUGCACAAUGUAGGAGCUGAUGUCGACCAAUCGAAAAUCUCAUUCCAAGGUGUCAAUGGAGUUUUUGACCAAUCAGUAUGCUCCUUACAAACAGACAUGUCUAAUGAUAUUGGUGAUUCCAUUUUAAAGACGGUUGGGAUGAAAACGGAUGUAAAUGAAAGUUCUACAGACCCACAGUGUGGUUUGUGUGGGAGGACGGACAUAGGUGAAGUUUGCCAUGUGUGUUCAAAUGUAAACCACCAACAGGUUUUAACAAACGAUCAUUCAGAAGAUUCUGGUUCAGUGAAGAAGUGUACUUGUAAAAACUUAAAAGAACCUGGCUCAAAACAUUCGUGCCAUUGCUUUGACACAGACAGCAGAUCAGGUCAAAAUAUUCACACCCAGAAAUCAGCGGAUUCUAUUUCAGACCAGGAACCUAUUUCCCAAAACUCAACACAUACCAGUUCAGUUUACAUGAGUUCAACUGAUAACAGUUCAGUUCAGGAUCCUAAUUCCAAGAAGUCAACAGGUGCUGUUUCAGUUCAUGAACCUCAUUCUGAAAACUCAGAUUCCAGUCCAGUUCAUGAACCUCAUUCCAAGAACUCAACAAAAGCUGGUUCAGAUCAUGAACCUCAGUCUCAGGACCCAACAGAUACUAGUUCAGUUCCUAAAUAUUGUUCUCAGGAUUUAAUAGACUUUCGUUCAGUUCAUAAAUCUCAUUCCCAAAAGACAACAGAUACAACUUCAGGACACAAAGCUCAUUCCAGGAACUUUAUAGAUACAAGUUUGGAACAUCACUUUGAGUCGGAUCAAGUAAUUGCAGAAUAUCAAGUCAUCACUUCUGAUGAUGUUGAUGCUUCAGAUACUCAUGGAGACAGUGGCAGGGAUCAAGAAAUUUCUGUAGAAAUCAUAAAAGUUUCUGAAAAGGAAUUUUCUUUCAGAACUUUAUCGAAAAAACAGCUGGCCAUUGUUAUCAGCUUCUGCAUGGUCGGGUUUGCCAACUAUCUGUGUCUCUCUCUUAUAGCUCCGUUCUUCCCUAAAGAGGCUCGAGAAAAAGGCGUCAGCAAUCUUGUGUCCGGCUGGAUCUUCGCCGCGUUCCCUCUCACUCAGUUCAUCUUUGCACCUGCCUUUGGAAAGCUGAUCCCCAUUGUUGGUCUCAAGUUUAUGUACCUGUCUGGGACCUUUAUCAGUGGAGGAUGCACAAUCCUGUUUGGGAUGAUGACCUACGUGGACGUGACAGAAGGCACUGCUGUCUUUAUCACCAUGUGCUUUGUACUCCGCGUUACCAUGGCUCUAGGUUGCUGUGCUAACCAAACUGCCAGUUUUUCUCUGUGUGCUCAGGAGUUUAAGGAUACUGUUGGAACCAUAUUUGGAUUAGGUGAGGUGUUUGUUGGACUCGGUUUUAUGUGUGGGCCAGCCAUCGGAGGGGUUCUCUAUGGGGUGGGAGGUUUCCUGUUACCGUUUACUGUGAUAGGUGGUAUCAUAUUUCUGACAACCAUCCUAAACUACUGGAUUGUUCCGACUGAUGAAUUUGUCCACCAUGUGUCAUCCAGUGGAGGGGUAUCGCUGUUUUUGAUGAUCAAGUCGUACAAAACAGUGGUCAACUGUUUGACCAUCACUGUUGCGGCAAUAAUUUGGUCGAUACUGGACCCGACGCUGGAGCCUCACUUAGAGGAGUUCAACCUGAGCUCGGAGCUGAUCGGCCUCCUCUUUCUGCUGAUGGCAGCUGUUUAUGCAAUCGCUUCACCGAUUUGGGGUUGGAUUUCUGACAGAGUGAAGGACAGUCGUAUAAUCCUUGUCUUUGGCUGUCUGAUGUCGACGGGAGGAAUGUUGCUGCUCGGUCCCUCUACGCUCCUAGGAUUUGAAAAAGAUUAUAAUGAACUAUGGCUGAAUAUUGUCAGUCUCGUGAUCAUCGGAGUCGCUGACAGUGCUGCCAUCAUUCCUACUUUUGACCUCCUAUUCAAAAUUGCUGAAGAAAGGGGUUUUGAGAAUAACAUCAGUACAUACAGCAUCAUAGCCGGACUUUGGGGGUCGAUGUAUGCCCUUGGGGAUUUUUUGGGUCCUGCAAUUGGUGGUUUCUUGUUGGACGAGGUGGGCUUCCAGUCAAUGACAACGUAUGUGGCCAUACUGACAACAGUAAUGGCUGUAAUCCUGGUUGUGACGAUUCUCUUUGACAAGCCAUGUUGCUGUAAACGAAAAGCAUCAGAGGAAAAGUCUGAAGAACAUGCACCACUCCUCGGCAAGAAGGACGUGGUCAAGAGCUAUACGUCCAGUUCUAACCUUCUAGACUCUUACCCUCCUCAACAAAUAGCCACAGACAGUGUGUGAUCCUUGGGUUGUAAUGAUACGUGAUUGCUCAUGAGAGUUGUCAUUUUACAAGAGUUGUUAUGAGAGUGGAAUUAAUUUAAUAUACGAUUCUGAAGUGGUUGUGAGGCUAAGGCACACUCUAUACAGGCCAUCUUUGCCCAGGAAAUGGGGUUCCCUUCAGUCAAUCAAGUUUAUUUGGGAGAGGGCCUAGUAAGUUGCAAGAACUUGAGCCCAAUCCAUUUGAAUGUUCGAUUUCAAUAAACUAUUUAUAUUUCUUAUACAGGGCUCAAAGUUAAUUUUCAAAUCAAAAGGUCAAAACGCAAGGUAGAUACAAACAUGAGUAUCUUUGUUCUGUUGGUUCAAUCUCUUUAAGGAGAAUGGGUGUGGUGAGGGAGUGUCUGUCAGAGGAAUGGGUGUGGUGAAGGAGUGGCUGUCAGGAAUGGGUGUCAUCAGGGAGUGGUUGUCAGAAGGAUGGAUGUGGUGAGGGAG